AUGGCUCAGCAGUCAUCGGACUGGGAGGUGGAGGUCUGGGAGUCCGCCCUCAGCCUAGGAAGGAGGAAGUCCCUGUACCCGCCAGCAGUGGCCAACCCUUUCGUGCAGCAGACGAACAUCAGCGCGUGGCGCUGGGCCUCCAUCAUCCUCGCGGGGUCUGUGCUGGUGCCGGUGCGGGUGACGUGCAUUGCCUUCCUCCUUAUCUUCCUCUGGCCGAUGGCCGCACUUUCCGCUAUAGGCGGUUCUGCUCAUCCAGCCAAACCCGCCACGAGUUGGAGGAGAAAACUGGCAAAACCGGCUCUCAAAUUCUUGUAUCAGGCAAUAUUCUUUUUAGCAGGGUUCCUUGUUAAAGUGAAAGGGAAAAAGGCAACCCGAGAAGAGGCCCCCAUCUUUGUCACAGCACCGCACUCCACUUUCUUUGACGCAAUCGCCUGUGUUGUGGCAGGGUUACCCUCCGUAGUCUCUGCAAGUAAAAACGCACAUAUCCCAGUGGCUGGAAAAUUCCUACUGUCAACACAGCCGGUGCUUGUUACCCGAGAGGACCCCAAUUCCAGGAAGAUAACCCGGGAAGAAAUUCUGAAGCGAGUGACAUCCAAAAGGAAGUGGCCACAGAUCCUGAUUUUCCCGGAAGGAGUGUGUACCAAUCGCACGUGUCUGAUCACUUUUAAACUAGGGGCCUUUUCUCCAGGUGUUCCUGUGCAGCCAGUGCUACUCAGGUACCCAAAUGCCCUGGACACAGUGACCUGGACCUGGCAGGGGUUUACAGGCUUCCAAGCUUGUAUGUUGACCCUGAGUCAACUCUUCACCAGAGUAGAAGUUGAGUUUAUGCCUGUUUACAUCCCAAAUGACGAAGAAAAGAAAAACCCCAUCCUUUUUGCCAAUACAGUGAGGAUCAACAUGGCAAAUGCUCUGGGGUUGCCUGUGACAGACCACACUUAUGAAGACUGCAGAUUGAUGAUUACUGCAGGUAACCUUCGACUACCCAUGGAAACUGGCUUGGUGGAAUUUACAAAAAUUAGCAAGAAAUUAAAGUUAGACUGGGAUAAUAUUCAUCAGCAUUUGGAUGAAUAUGCUGCAAUUGCAGUUGCCUCAAAAGGAGGGAAGAUAGGAAUUGAAGAAUUUGCAAAUUAUUUAAAACUCCCAAUUUCAGAGCCCUUGAGACAAAUUUUUGCCCUUUUUGACAGGAAUAAUGAUGGCAACAUAGACUUCAGAGAGUAUGUGAUAGGUCUGACUGUCCUAUGUAAUCCUGCCAACACUAAAAAGAUUCUGCAGAUGUCAUUUAAGCUUUUUGAUCUUGAUAAGGAUGGUUUCAUAACAAAACAGGAGUUAGCUACUGUACUUCAGGCGGCUUUUGGAGUGCCAGAUCUUGAUGUUUCCAGACUCUUUCGGGAAAUAGCUGGACAGAAAUCAGAGUACAUUUCAUACAAGAAAUUUAAGAAAUUUGCCUUGAAGCAUCCAGAAUAUGCCAAGUUAUUUCAUUCAUUCUUAGACCUACAGGCAGCCUAUAUCUAUGCAUUACCAAAAGUGCAGGUUUAA